AUGGGAUCAAAACAAAAACGCUCCGUGAAAGAGUUAAAUAAUUCUUUAACUAGUACUCCAAUUAAACCAAAAAGUAAACAACAGAAGAUGGAAAACCUAAACGAAAGUGAAAUUGUGAAAAUAAUCGGUGAAAUGAGUGAAAAAUUGAAUAAACUCGAUAAGCUUGACCUAAUCGAGACACGACUCAACAGCAUUGACACGGACAUCAAGGAUCUAAAACACUCGCUGACUUAUCAACAGGAGGUGGUGGCCGAAGUACAAUCUGUACAAGCAGUACAAGAAAAUAAAUUAAAAGUAAUAGAGGAAAAGGUCGGAAGGAUCGAAGAAGAGAAGGCAAAAUUGGCAAGGGAAAUUAUUGAUAUGAGAGCGCAUUCCAUGAGAAGUAAUCUGAUAUUUUACAAUAUUAGAGAAGAAAAUACACCAAAUGAGAAGGAAGAGGUUGAAAACAAAAUUAAAAGUCUAUUGAGGGACAAGGAACUUAAUAGUGAAACAGAAAAAAUUGAGAUUGAACGGGCUCAUCGGCUUGGCAGAAAUAGAAAUGGAACGAAACCGAGACCAAUUGUUGUAAAAUUCUUGAGAUUCCAAGACAAAGAGAUGAUUAAGCGGAAUGCAUACAAGUUUAAAGAUAUCGGUGUCGGAAUCAGUGACCAAUUUCCCAAAGAGAUCCAAGAAGAAAGAAACAAGCUCUACCCGGUGUUCAAGGAUGCAAGAUCUAAGGGACAUAAGGCAUUUUUAGUCAAAGAUAAACUGUUUAUCAAUGGACAAAUUUACGGAAGAUAA